GUCAGAGGUCAGUGAAGGUACCAUUGGGUGGAGAUGAUGUCCAUGCAAAUGACGGAGGCGGACAGUGUGGUGAAGGUGGCAGAAUGGCAGCAGACCUACUACGCUUCAGACUCAGGAAUCCAGUCAGGAGCCACCACAGUCCUGGAUGACGAGAGCAGCACUGAGUACAGCGGCCGGAAGAAGUACACUGGUACUGCAAACAGUACUACCACUGCUACUGCCCCUCCCGGGGGAGGAGGAGACACUGCAGCCGGGGGACUAGAAAGCCCUACUGAUUUAGAUUCUCAGUUCUCUCUAACCCGGGCUCAGCGGGUCAGGGUGGCCAUGUUUCCAGAGACCCUGGUUGAGGGGGAGGCAGCCAUGCCCGUCCAAUCAGAUCCUUCACAACAGAGCAACGUGCAGCGUCUUGCUGAGCCCUCUCACCUGCUGAAGAAUGCUAUAGUCCACCUGAUAAACUACCAGGACGACGCAGAGCUGGCCACCCGGGCCGUACCAGAGCUCACCAAGCUGCUGGCCGACGACGACCCGGUUGUGGUGAACAAAGCAGCCAUGAUAGUCAACCAGCUGACUCGUAAGGAGGCCAGUCGCCGGGUGCUGGUGCAGUCUCACACCAUUGUAGGCGCCGUGGUGCGCGCCAUGAUAACAGCAGCUGACGUGGAGACGGCCCGUUGUGCGGCCAGCGUGCUGCACAGCCUGUCCCACCAGAGGGAGGGGCUGCUGGCCAUAUUCAAGUCUGGAGGGAUCCCAGCACUGGUCCGCAUGCUGAGCUCCCCGGUGGAGUCAGUCUUGUUCUAUGCCAUCACGACCCUCCACAACCUGCUGCUGCACCAGGAGGGGGCCAAGAUGGCGGUGCGUCUCGCUGAUGGCCUACAGAGGAUGGUUCCAUUACUGAAGAAGAGUAACCCCAAAUUCCUGGCCAUCACCACCGACUGUCUGCAACUCUUGUCUUACGGCAACCAGGAGAGCAAGCUGAUCAUCCUAGCCAAUGGGGGCCCAGAGGGUCUGGUGUACAUCACGAGGAACUACAACUAUGAGAAGCUGCUGUGGACCACCAGCCGUGUCCUCAAAGUGCUGUCCGUCUGUCCCAGCAACAAACCAGCGAUCGUGGAGGCUGGAGGGAUGCAGGCUUUGGGCCAGCAUCUCACAGGCUCCAGUCAGCGUCUGAUCCAGAACUGUCUGUGGACGCUCCGCAAUCUGUCCGACGCUGCCACCAAGCAGGAGGGAUUAGACGGUCUGCUGCAGAUUCUGGUCACCCAGCUGGGCUCUGACGACGUCAACAUGUUGACGUGUGCAACUGGCAUCCUGUCCAACCUCACCUGUAAUAACUCACGCAACAAGACCCUGGUGACUCAGUUUGGCGGUGUGGAGGCGUUGAUCCACGCCGUGCUGCGUGCCGGGGAGAAGGAGGAUGUUGCUGAGCCGGCCGUCUGUGCCCUGCGCCACCUCACCUCCCGCCACCAGGACGCAGAGCUGGCCCAGAAUGCUGUGCGGCUGCACUACGGCAUCCCAGCGGUCGUGAAGCUGCUGGGGCAGCCGCACUACUGGCCGGUGGUGAAGGCAACUGUUGGUCUGAUCCGGAACCUGGCCCUGUGCCCGGCCAAUCAGGCGUCUCUGAGGGAGGCAGGUGCUAUUCCACGAUUGGUCAACCUGCUGCUGAAGGCUCACCAGGACACACAGAGACACGCCUCCUCCGCCCAGCAGACAUACCAGGAUGGAGUUCGUAUGGAGGAAAUAGUGGAGGGCUGUGCAGGAGCACUUCACAUUCUGGCCAGAGACCCAAUAAACAGAGGAGAGAUUGCAAACAUGCAGACCAUACCCCUGUUUGUACAGCUGCUGUACUCGUAUGUGGAGAACGUGAAGCGGGUGUCAGCGGGCGUCCUGUGUGAGCUGGCUCUGGACAAACAGUCUGCAGAGCUGAUCGACUCAGAGGGAGCGUCAGCCCCGCUCAUGGAGCUGCUGCACUCCAACAACGAGGGAAUCGCCACGUACGCUGCAGCGGUGCUCUUCCGUAUAUCGGAGGACAAGAGUUCAGACUACAGGAAGAGAGUAUCAGUGGAGCUCACACACUCGCUCUUCAAACAUGACCCUGCAGCCUGGGAAAUGGCCCAUACUGUCGUUCCUCUGGAGCCUACAUAUCUGUCUGAUGAGUUAGAUGGACCUUACCCUCCCUAUGGCUACGCUGAUAUGCCUCUGGACAGCCUGCCACUAGAUCCUGAUCUCCACGAGACCUACAUCCCUGACAUGACCUACGACCCCAGACAGGCCUAUCCAGAACCACUCUAACAGGAGAAUGACUAUGGUGAAAGAAAAUGAAGGAAUGAGCAAAUCACAGGAAGAAAGACUGGAGGAAUGGAGCGAGGAAGGAGUUGGAGAUUUGAACUUUAAAGGCAAUCAGCCCUAUCCAACAAGUGGAAAAAUACCAUUUCUCAAUCAAGAACAUUUAAAAGAGGUUGCUUAUUAAAAGAGGUUUAUUGUUGCUGUAAAUGAAAAAUGUAACUUUGUUAUAAUGUUUUACUGUGGGGUGGAAGUAGGGGGUUGUCUGAAGUUUGGAGGCAGAGUUACACGGGUAAUGUUUUGAAUCAUGCAAUUAUUUUGUUUAUUUUGUGACAUACAGGAAACAGGAGGGGUUCAACCAAAAUCAGCUGAUAAUCCUUCUGAAAUAUUUUUGCAUUUCAUCUGUAAAGAGUUUCCUAGUUAGAGAGAAUUUGAACUUGCUGAAUUGUUACAACACCAAGGUUAGUGUGACGUAACUGAUGCGAUGCCUGUUGCAAUAUUAGUGUUGUUUCCCACUUAUAGAUACCUCAUUGGAAACACCCAUAUUAGUCGUAAGAAGUUCAAUUUAAAAGUUAUAUAUACCGUAGUUAAUUUUUUUACAUACGUCACAAAAACCUUCACUAUGAAAACUCUGAGCAUCACUGAGAUAUUUGCCCGCAUAUCACGCAUUAUUUUACAGGGUUAGAUUUUUUCCCUGAUGGGCAUUACUGCCAAUCACCAUUGCUACCAAAUGCUCCCCGUGUAUCCUAGCCUUUAGCUGCUGUCUUUUAGAUGUCUCCUCUGUGUAUUUGAACAGUGCACAUGUCCCAGGGUGUCCAUGUGUGGUUGUUGCAUGGUAGUAUCGUGUACACAUUUAAAUAUUCUUCACCUUUACAUACUGAAAAAAAAGACUACAAAUGCACCGAGUGGAUAUUCUGUUCAAAUGUCCACAGGAAAUGGACGACAAAUCUCUUUGGCAUCUUCUGCAUAAGACUACACAUCCUGUCAUCCCAGUCAGUCUCCAGUGGAAAUGGACUACAGCUCUCUGAUCAGUGUGUGCAUUGUGGGUGCCAUGGAGCACACUGCAGAGUAAAUAUAUGGUACCUGCACCGUGCUUACACAUACAGUAAUGACAAAUGGCCUUUGUAGGAGGGUGGGCGUAUUAUAGACAUUUGUCGAUGACUAUGUCAUUGUCAAUGCAGAGGUGUGGGCUGCAGGCUCUAAUAUAACAUAAAUAAUACUUGCUGCUGCUCAGAGCAUGUAUUAAAGAUC